AUGCUUAUUCCCUUCACUUCAAUCGGUUUAGUUGCGAUUUUUUCAUCCCUUGUUCAGGCUCAUUUUAUUGCUCCAGACAAGUUACAGCGUCGAGCAGAGUUACAAAAAUGUUCAAAUAGCGACUCCAAAUUCCAAAACUCUCUUGAUGGCUGGAUUUUGGAACGAGGCUCUACAGCAGAUAACUAUGAGUUUGCUCCUGACGGUGGACUUGUCAUGAAGAUCACUGCUCCUGAAAAGCAUCAACGCUUGUUUGAUAACUCUUCAAUAGAAAACUUACCUUACAACAAGUAUGAAGGCAAAGGCUUCACUUUCAAUGCUACCUCUUACAUGCAAUACGGUAAAUUCAGUGCAAAGCUCAAAUCUGCUAAUGUUCCUGGUGCUGUCACAGCUGUCAUUCUUAUUGCUGAUAAUGGUGAUGAGAUCGAUUUCGAGAUUUUAACAGGCGGUGACCAGACUAUCACGAGCAAUUACUUUUGGGGACAAAAGAUCGUCUAUGGUGUCAACGGAAGAACUAUUGAUCCACCAGCAUUGCCUGCUUGUGAUCAGUUCUAUACCUACGGUAUCGAUUGGUCUCCCGACCGUAUUAUCUGGACUAUCGAUGGUAAGGAGAUUCGUACUGAAACUCGCAAACAAGCUAACGGUGCCUAUCCUACCGGUGCUGCUCGUGUUCAAAUCGGUCUUUGGGAUGGUAGUGGUGUUAGUGGUACUGCUCAAUGGGCACGUGGUCCCAUCAACUGGGAUGAGCGCAAAAACGAAGACAUCAGAGCCUAUGUGAAGGAUGUAACUAUUGAAUGUAGUCCUAAAACCAACAAGGUUACCAAAAAAUAAGAGAAAAAGCUACAUAUACUACAUACAUUCAUACACCCAAAAAUCAUAGUUAGCAUAUUCAUUAUAUUAUUCCUAUAAUAAUCAUUUAUCCAAUACAUUUAUAAUUUAAACAAUAAAUUUGGCGC